AUGGAUCGUAGAUCCCGACUUCAGCCAGGGCGCCGAGCUCGCCACAAUUACAACGAUCUGUGCCCACCCAUAGGCCGCCGGGCAGCCACCGCGCUCCUCUGGCUCUCCUGCUCCAUCGCGCUCCUCCGCGCCCUUGCCACCUCCAGCACCCGCGCCCAGCAGCGCGCGGCUGCCCAGCGCCGGAGCUUCCUAAACGCCCACCACCGCACUCCCGCCCAGGUAUUUCCCGAGCCCCCUGAAUCUGACCACGAGGACAUAGACCUCGAGCCCUCCCUCCCCGAGUGCCCAGAGUACCAGGAAGAAGAGUUCGACUACGAAUCCGAGACCGAGUCCGAGUCUGAAAUCGAGUCCGAGACCGAAUUCGAGACCGAGUCUGACACCGCCCCCACCACUGAGCCGGAGACCGAGCCCGAGGACGAGCCGGGCCCCGUGGUGCCCAGGCGCCCCACCUUCCACCAAUCUCUCACCGAGCGCCUCAGCGCCCUGAGGCUGCGGAGCCCCGACGCCUCCCCGGCUCGUGCGCCGCCCAGCACUCAGGAGUCUGAGAGCCCCCGACAAGGGGAGGAGCCCGAGGACAAGGAUCCGAGGGACCCCGAAGAGUCUGAGGAGCCAAAGGAGGAGGAGAAGCAGCAGCAGCGCCGCUGCAAGCCGAAGAAGCCCACCCGCCGCGACCCAUCCCCGGAGUCCCCUUCCAAAAGGGGGCCCAUCCCCAUCCGGCGUCACUAAUGGAAGACGCGCCCCAGAUUCUCCUUGUGUUCUUUGACCCAGGUGCUGGAGAAUCUGGUAAAAGCACCAUUGUGAAGCAAAUGAGGAUCCUGCAUGUUAAUGGGUUUAAUGGAGAUAGUGAGAAGGCCACCAAAGUGCAGGACAU